AUGACAAGUAACAAAGCUAAUAAUGAGGUCAAAGAUACUGAAGCCAAAAGUGUUGAAUUCGAAGAUGUUGAAAUGGAAAGUGUUAAACUCGAAAGUGCUAAAAUCGAAAGUGUUGAAAACGAAGACAUUGAAAAUGAAAGCGUUGAAAAUGAAGGCGUUGAAAAUGAAGGUGUUGAAAAUGAAGGUGUUGAAAAUGAAGGCAUUGAAAUCAAAGGUGUUAAAAUUGAAGGAAUGGAAACUGAGGGCACUGAAGAA